CUCCAUCCCCUCUAUCCCCUCUGACCCUUCCGACCCCUCCCACCUCUCACCUCGCCUCUUCUCCCUCCUUCCCGCCCCUCCGACGCCGCAGACCCCUCCUCUUCUCCCCUCCGACCCUUCCGCCCCUCCCGCGGCUGGGGGGCCGCACCGCACGUACUUGGAGGGGUCAGGUCAGACCACCGCAGUGUCAGGUCCACUGGGGACUGUGAGACCCCUUGAACAGUAUCCAAGUCGGAGAAGAGAGCCGUGGGACCCAAAGUUUUGUUUUUUUCAACCUAAUUUGAAGUAGCAUUAGAGAAAAAGAAACCCAGUGAGCCGUGAACUCUGUCCACAGUAAACACAACCAGACACUGGCCUGGGAGCAGGGGAAAACCGUUUAUUCCGCAGCCCUGAUGGGAGGGAAGGCCCUGCGCGCCCCUCCAAGCUGUGGCAAGAGGGCCGGACGUUUUUAAGGCAGAACUAGGGAGGAGCGGUGCCCAGCUGCAGAGUUAGGCGGAGUGGGGCAGUGUCGGUGGGAUAGGCUGCUCUGUCUGAUAGCUGGCAGUUAUCCUCCUUUGGGGACUGGGAGACAGGCCCUGUCCUUCCUGGUGGUUAUGUUUCCAGGAAUGGGCUCCAGGUCCUUCAGAAAGAGGCUCCUGAGUUGUAGGAGGUCCACAUGCACAGUUGUAGGUUCUUUUUAGAAAAUGCUCCAGGAGUGGGAGGCUGGGGCUUGUCACCAGGUGUAGGCCAGAACUAACAGGAAAUUCUCCUGGCGCCUUGAACUUCCUCAGGUAGGUGUUUGGUUGGGGUGGGGGGUGGCUGGGCUUACCCUGGUGCUUUUAGAAGCCCCCUCAGUUCAGCUCCCCUUUUGGUCUUGGUGGACAAAUCAUGUAAGCAGUGUGAGCACACAGCCUCAGAUGACAUUCAGGCAGGUCUUGUGACACUAGGCAUCCACCAAUCAAAUUGCGUCUGUGGCCAGCGCCUCACAGUGCACCUGAGGCCUUCUGUCCUGUCUACACCGAGCCUCGCGCCCCGCAGAUGCACAGUGAUGGGGGAGUGGAUGUUUCCCGUUUUCACGUCUGUAAACAGUAUGUCUCUGUGCGGAGUGAGCACGUAUCGUAAAGGCGUUUGUGCUCACAGGUAACCGUGAGACGCUCAAGGAAUUAAGUUGUUCUUGCUCUGGCUUAUUUCUGUGAGGCCCAUGCCCGGGAGUGGAGCUGUGGGGCGGUCAGGCCGAAUGGCUGUGUCACGUUGCUGAUCUGUGCUCCAGGAGAAAUGGAACCUUCCCGGUGCCCUGCGCGGGAAGGGGGCUCGUCUUGAGUUGUUCUGGGUUUUUUUUGCCAGUCAGUAAGUGGGUACAUGUAAAGUCGCCUUUACGUUGCUGUGUGGCUGCAAGCAUAGGGCCCUGGGGGCCGUGACAAAUCCGGACCCAAGCAGAGGGCCCGUCGCCGUGGAGACCACCACCUUCCGGGGCGUUUGUCCCACCCUCCGGCAGGGAGGCUCCUGCGGGCUCUCUGUGGCUGUGGGACCGCAGCAGUCCUGGCCGGGCCCCCUGACCAGAUGGCGCGUCAGGAGUAGGAUGUGUGGAGACUGGGACCGCUGCAGCCCUGCGGACAGGGCCCUGUGGCCCCCUCGGCAGCGGCUGGCCUCCCGGCUGCCGCGGGCCCCGUGUACGCGGCCGCUCACUGUGGGUGGGGCUCCGCUCCCUUUCAGCUCCCGGAAGGGCACGGCGGACGACGAUGUCCCGUGCCCCGACUACCUGUUUGAGGAGAUCGCCAAGAUCUCCCACGAGUCCCUGGGCAGCAGCCAGUGCCUCCUGGAGUACCUCCUGAGCCGCCUGCACAGCGGCUCCGGCCGCGUGAAGCUCAAGGUGCUGAAGAUCAUGCUGCACCUGUGUAGCCACGGCUCCCAGUCCUUCCUGCUCAUCCUGCAGCGCAACCCCGCCUUCAUCCAGGAAGCCGCAGUUUUCACAGGCCCCCCGGACCCUCUCCACGGGAACAGCUUGUACCAGAGGGUGCGGGCGGCCGCCCAGGACUUGGGGGCUGCCCUGUUCUCAGACGCCUUGUCACCUCUGCCUCCCUCCCAGCCUUCCAGGGCCCUGCCUCCAGCAGGCAUGGGCUCCCAGUCCAGGCCCCAGAGUGCCCUGCAGGGCUUCGGCUACAGCAAGGAGCGGGGCCACACAGGCUCUGCAGGUGAAGCCUUCCUGUCCACCAUCCAGAAGGCCGCAGAGGUGGUGGCCAGCGCUGUGCGCCCUGGGCCUGAGAGCCCCAGCACCCAGAGGCCCCUGCCGCGGGGUAACGCCUACCAGCCAGCCGUGACACCUCCAGCCAGCCUCAGCCCCCCCACUCCUGGGAACCCACUCCCCGCAGCCGGCCUGGGCGCCCGAGCAGUGAGACGCCAGCCUGGGCAGGCCGGGGGCGGCUGGGAUGAGCUGGACAGCAGCCCCAGCUCUCAGAGCUCCUCCCAGGAGGAUGGCGCCCUGGGCGGGGCCUCAGACUCCAGCAGUUGGUCGGGCAGCGACAGCCCCUCAGUUACCAGCCGGGCGCCCAGUGACCUGGCAGAAAGGGUCGAGGCCAUGACCCCGGGUGACUACCAGCAGGAGCUGAGCCUGGUCCGGGCUGUGACUCGCGGGCCGCACGCCUUCUUGAGCCGAGAGGAGGAGCAGCGCUUCGUCAAAGAGUGUGGACUCCUCAACUGUGAGGCUGUGCUGGAGCUGCUGAUCCGCCACCUGGGCGGGACUGGCGAGCACGAGCAGAUGAGAGCCCUGGGGGCCAUCGCCUCCCUCGGCUGCACUGACCUGCUCUCCCAGGAGCGCGUCCUGCUGCUCGCCCGGCCGCGGCUGCAGGAGCUCAGUACGGGCCGCCCCGGACCCGUGACCAACAAGGCCACCAAGAUCCUGAGACACUUUGAAGCCUCCUGCCGACAGUGGCCUCCUGCCCGGAAGCCCCCAGCUGAGCCUGGCCCCACAGCUGCACAUGUGGGCCCAUCAGACCUGCUGACCGAUGCCCUGCCUUUAGCCGGGGACCAGGCCUUCCUGCAGCCUCUGAGUUCAGCUCUGUUCACACCCAGGAGCACUGCUCCCCCAUCAGGGCUGCAUCCUGGCCCUGUGUCUCCCACCCCCCUGGACAGCUGCCUGCUUCCAGCCCCUGGGGAUGCUGUGGAGGCUGAAACCAGACUGGCAGCUUCCACAGAGCAGGGGCCUGGAUCUGAGCGGGGCCCAGUGGGCAUGGACACCCGACAGUGGGGGCCAGAGCUGGGCCCGGGCCCCAGCGGCAGCUCCCACUCCUUAUUUGCUGGCAUGGAGCUGGUGGCCUGUCCCCGCCUGGUGGGGGCCGGGCCUGCUGUGGGGGAGCCCUGCCAGGCCCCCUGGAUGUCGUCUCAGAGGAUGGCAGCCAAAGAACCGUCUGGCUCGGAGCCGUCGGCUUUCGCCUUCUUAAACUCGUGACCUCGUCAGCCUGGGCCACCAGCAGAGUCCCUGGCCCAUGCUCCCAGGACCCCCCAACUUUGUCCUGUCCCCAGUGCCUACAGCCCCCAUGUCCCAUCAAAGAGUGGUUCCCCUCAGGGGUCUGCGGUCAGCCUCGCCCUCCCCCUGGCCUCUUCCCCUUGCCCACUGAGGCCUUGGUGCAGGCAGGCAGCCAGCCAGGCAGGCUCAGUGGACGGCCCAUCCCGUGAUGAGACCAGCCACCAAUAAAACCCAGGUGAUAACUUCAGGAGUCCACGAACCCAGCAGAUUCAGGCCAGCACUGCGGGAAGGGGUCGUCCUUGCCCAUGGGGGCCUGCUCCCCAACCUUGCGUCAGAGGCAGGUUCCCUGUUUUUCUUCUGGUGGGGCAGGACCCCCUACAGCCUGCCCUGUGGAUUUGGUGACCAGGGAGCAGCCCUGAGUGCCCGCAGGACGGGCACAGAACGAGGAGCUGAAUGCUCGCUGAGACUGGCAGCCCUGCCUCCUGCCUCACGGCCGUCUGGUCUGGCAGGAUGAGCAUACUGUCCAUCUUUCCAUCUGCCAAAGGGAUCAGAAGGGAGGGCAGAGGGGCAGAUGGCUUGGCGUGGCCUGCCUGGAGGGCACGGGAGCAGAGGCCUGGUGACCUAGCUGAGACGUGACGCCCCUUGGACCUGCCCCAAGUCCCUGGGGUCCACACAGGCAUGCAGAGCAGGGCACCAGAUGAAGGCGGGGAGGGCCUGCCUGCAGACGGGGCCCAGCCUCCCCCCCCCCGGCUGCUGUUCACAGGCAACGGUCCUGGGAGGACCCCAGAGCCACCUCGGCCACCCCCACCCCGACCUGUCUCCUUUGUCAGGGGCCGGCUGCCUGGGCUUGGAUCCCCACAGCAGUGGCUGGCAGGACCUUGCUAGUGCUCCCCGCGGGCCCCCGGGGGAGGCCCCUGCCCGCCUUCCCUCAGGAACAAGGAUUGUUGUGGGUUUGGAACCACUGCUCGGGUCUUGGUUUGUUUUUGAGCUCAGAUUCCUCCCUCAGCAAGGAGUGGGGUGGGCUGGGUCCUAGGCAGCAUGGCACCUUAUCUUCAUCAGUCUGGGGCCCUUUCCAGCAUCAGGUCCCUAUGUGGCCCGUGCCAGCUUCCUUUGCCAUGACCGUGGCCUCCAGACCGCACGGCACCUUGGAUGAGAGCUCUGGUUCCUCUUGGAAGAGCCGGGGAUGAUCUGGGGUCACACCUCCUAGAUAAACACUGCUUUUAAUAC